AUGGAUGGUCUCAAUGGCCCCCCGGACGAGGACUUCCAACAUACCCAAAACUACGAGGACUUCACAACCAUAGACUGGAUACAAGAUUCGAUAAUCGAGAGGAACAGGCGAAUACGAGCUGCUCGCGAUGCCGAACUUCACCGCAGAGGUCCUCGAGGAGAAGUCACUGCGGCAUGGCUAUGGUCGCAGCUCAGGAAGGUACUUCAUGCCGGACAGAGCUGGUUCGUGGUCACUCUCGUCGGCGUCGGGAUUGGGAUCAAUGCUGCCUUGAUUUCAAUUAUUACGGAAUGGUUAUCCGACCUGAAGAUGGGCUAUUGCUCGGACGGAUGGUGGCUGAACCAGCAGUUCUGCUGCUGGGAAGUAGAGGGAGAUGAGGGGAAUCCCUGCGACUCCUGGCACCCUUGGAGCACUGUCACCGCUGCCCGAUGGUUAAUUUAUGUUAUUUUCGCCGCGCUUUUCUCGUUUGGAGCUGCGCACCUAGUGCGCUCACUUGCGAAGUAUGCCGCAGGCUCCGGGAUCUCGGAAAUAAAAUGUAUCUUAGCGGGUUUCGUAAUGAAGGGCUUCCUGGGACUCGCGACUUUCUUCAUCAAAAGCUUGACUCUACCAUUGGUUAUAGCGUCAGGCCUGUCUGUUGGUAAGGAAGGUCCCUCCGUUCACCUUGCUUGUUGUAUCGGCGACCUAGUCGCCAGUUUGUCAAGUAGAUUCUCCCACAGCGAAGGGAAGAAACGCGAAAUCCUCACCGCGGCAAGCGCUGCAGGAGUCGCUGUCGCCUUUGGCUCGCCCAUCGGUGGGGUUCUGUUUUCCAUCGAGGAAAUGAGCCAUACAUUCAGCAUCAAGACUAUGUGGAGGAGUUUCUUCUGUGCGCUCGUCGCAACGGUAACACUAUCAGCAAUGAAUCCGUUCAGGACAGGAAAACUCGUGCUCUUCCAAGUCACAUACGACCGCGACUGGCACUUCUUCGAGAUAAUCUUCUUCGUUAUUCUCGGUAUAUUCGGAGGACUAUAUGGCGCAUUCAUGGUGAAGUUCAACCUGCAAGUGGCGGCAUUCCGCCGGAAACACUUGGCCAACCAUGGAGUGGCCGAGGCAGUGACGCUCGCCACGCUCACAGCCAUGGUCGGGUACUUCAAUCGGUUCCUCCGCAUCGAUAUGACGGAGAGCAUGGCGAUCCUCUUCCGCGAAUGCGAGAGUGGGGGCGACUACGACAACCUCUGCAGGACAGCCUUCCAAUGGCGGAUGGUGAACUCCCUCCUGCUCGCGACAGUGAUCCGCGUGGGCUUCGUCGUGAUCUCAUAUGGCGCGAAAGUGCCCGCGGGGAUCUUCGUUCCCUCCAUGGCCAUCGGCGCGACGUUCGGGCGUAUGGUCGGUAUCAUGGUGAAGGCGCUGAACAAUGCGUAUCCGACGUCAGGGAUAUUUGCGUUUUGCCAGCCUGAUGUGCCGUGCAUCACCCCUGGCACUUAUGCGUUCCUCGGGGCUGCAGCUGCUCUUAGCGGGGUGAUGAGGAUCACUGUCACCGUCGUGGUGAUCAUGUUUGAGUUGACGGGUGCAUUGACGUACAUCCUGCCUACCAUGAUUGUCCUGUUGGUCACGAAAUCUGUUGGCGAUUUCCUCGAUGUACGAGGUAUUGCGGACGAAAUGAUACGGUUCAAUGGGUUCCCGUUCCUUGAGAAGGAAGAACAUUCGUUCAACGCUUGUGUGUCAAGGGUCAUGACUACUGACCUUCAUACGUUGCCUGUCUCCGGCUUGACUAUACGAGACAUCGAGCGAAUAUUGGCGAAUACCAAAGUGCAGGGCUAUCCUAUAGUAUCCUCCGACUCGUCAAACACCCUGAUCGGGUACAUAGGUCGCACAGAGCUGCGUUACGUGAUAGACAAAGCGCAGCAGAUGCGGCGCGUCUCUCUCCAAACGCCUUGUUCGUUCUCGCCGCAGCGGGACGAUCCGGAGCGUUCAGAUCCGCUGGAUAUAACGUCUGCGCUCGCUGUGGGUCUUGACGAAGACUCGGCUGCUGAGAUCCUUGAGGAUAUGGCUUCGGACCAUGCGCUCAAUUUCUGGCCAUGGGUUAACCAGACGCCCAUUACCGUGUCUCCACAGCUGCCGUUAGAAAUAACGAUGCAGAUGUUCAAACGGCUAGGGCCGCGAGUAAUCCUCGUGGAAGACCGCGGGUCGCUCGUAGGGUUGCUCACAGUGAAGGACGUUCUGCGCUUCACGAUGACCGAGAAGCAGGACAGCGAUUCCUGGGACGACAGAGGCGGCAUCGACGCUGUUUUCGAGGAAGUUUGGGCGUGGGCGGUGCAGGCGGAGGAAGCUAUUGUCUCCUGGUGCCAGAGGUUGAUACGGCGACGAUAGAUGGGAUGCUUGUAGAGUAUUUGGGCUAAUUUAUGUACUUCUGCGGUUUC